AUGCGCUGUCUGGGUGCAGCAGAUACUUCAGGUUACUGUACUCAGAGAUAUGCGUUAUCUGGGUGCAGCAGAUACUUCAGGUUACUGUAUUCAGAUAUGCGCUGUCUGGGUGCGGCAGAUACAUCAGGUUACUGUACUCAGAGAUAUGCGCUGUCUGAGUGCAGCAGAUACUUCAGGUUGCAGUACUCAGAGAUAUGCGUUGUCUGGGUGCAGUAGAUACUUCAGGUUGCAGUACUCAGAGAUAUAUGCUGUCUGGAUACAGCAGAUACUUCACUGGAGAUUGAUGCAUCCAUCGCAUGUAGUUGUUUUGGACAGGCCCCCAAAAUGUCAAUGACUCAUUUUCAUGCUAAAUGUACCCAAGUCCUGGACAAUAUCAUAAUGACACAUACAACGAUAAAUUAAGAUUCAGAAUGCCACUUUACCGACAUAUAAGAUCUUUAAUUCCAUUAUUUUCACUAUCAUACAGCAAAAAUAGUUAGAGUCCACCUUUACACUAUAUAUCCACAAAAACCAACUGUCCUGCACUAGGAACAAAAAACACCCCCUUAUCAUGAGUUACAUUAUGUUUUUCAAAACAUCUCACUAAAUAAAAACAACCCAAAACAAUAACAGUUUUGAAACCAACAACCUGGAUUGCCCCCCUUCUCCUCUACAGUAAACAGGAGACCCAGGCUGACCAGAACUCAGUCCUGACAGUACAUAGUAGCGCAGACUAACCACAGACAGUUUUGUUUUUUUAGUUUAUUUCCCCUAUAAAAUCUAUGUUUUUACACAACCAAGAGUUUCAAAGACUUGCCUCUUUUAGACCCGUAGCUAGUCUGUCACGACAUAUAUCGUACUUUAAUUUUUCAAAGGCCGGUUUUAGAUAUGAAGUAGACCAAGGCAAUAACGCCACUUGUAGUGAAUGUCGUCAUUACAUUCCAAUCGCUGAUGUCAAUCGAUCUCUAUCAAACGCUUACUAUCAUGCUGACGGAUGUUCCUUUGUGAAAGCAGACGAUUCAUUUGAGUUAGUCGGAUGGGAACAAUCAAAGAUAGAUGGCGACUUUCAAGAAGGACCUGACUAUACGAACUUGUUUCAAAGAUUAUAUUCAUUCUUGGAUUACCCAUUUACUGAUGAACGUACAGAACCAUCAAUUCUAGCAGAAAAUGGAUUCUAUUUUGUUGGGCCAUGUAAAACUAUUCAGUGCUAUCUUUGCGGAACAAUUCUUCAGCUGCACGAAGAGAUGUCCCAAAAUUUCCUUCAAUAUUUCCAAUGUGCACGUUGUCGUUACAUCUCAGAAACAACUCCUUUUCAAGAUGAGAAUUUAAACGAUAGUGGUAGAGGACUUUUCUCUAUCCCACGUAGUCAGAAUCACUCAACAGAGUUUCAACGCCUUUGCAGCUUCCUUGAUGGAUGGCCAGAAAAAUUUCUGCUGCCUCCCAAGCUUCUUGCUUCUGCUGGAUACUAUUACACUGGUUUUGGGACUAUCGUAGCCUGUUAUCAAUGCGAAAUAAGGAGACGCCCAGAAGACGAAGGCUUUGAAAAUUUUUUACAGAACCUGGCAUGUUCCAAAUGCAUUCAAGAUAACAUUUCUCAGGGUAUAGAUAAUUCAAAUCACCAGACUAACCUUGAGCUUGAAAGUGAAGAGAGCGCCAGAGCCAAUGAUGUUUCUACAUUAGGUGGAGCAUCAACAGGAGCCUUGCCAGUUUUAAACCAGAGCGAUGACUAUUGUUGAUAGUUGUGCCUGUGUGCGUGUGUUUGUAUAUAUAUAUAUAUAUGUUGUUGUUUUUAUUAUUAUGACUUAUUACUUAAGCUCAUAGCAUAAUUUGUUGGUUGUAGUCUUUAUUUUUACAAAGCUUAUAUCAACUCAAUCUGUCUACCUAUCUGGUAAAAAAGUUUUCUCCCAAACCCAAUCUCGGAUCAAGUUGAAAUUUUUUUUACCUGACUAAACAACAAUCAAUUAAAUAAAUUAAUCCAUUAUUUAAUAAACAAUUGGUAAAUAAUUAUUUUGUUUGGUAUCUCAAACAAAUGUAAGAAUUAGUACUUGACUGAAGUAGUGGUAUAAGCUGAAUUGGUCCCCCUUUAUAUGUCGUCGAACAAGGGAAAGAAAUCGUACUUGAUAGAUCUGAUAGAUAGUAUAAGUUUAAUUAGUCCCCUUAUUGAGACUUGAGCCAACCAUCAGCAGGAAAUAAAUGGUCUGGAAAUAAAUGUAUGAUGAUUAUGAUUAAGUUGAUCUUGGAAUCAUGUAAUUAAUUCAUCGAUAAAACAGGAUGAAAGAAUGAAAUGUACAAAAGACGAUGUUCCAUUUACUAAUUGUAUUUAUAGAUAACUGUACUGUCUAUAUAGAUGAUAUAGGUUGUUUCCUAACUGUUUGUUUAUAAUCUUAAAAUAUGUUUAUCGAAUGUUGACAAUAUAAAUAUUUACAAAAAUGUACAUUGAAUUUCAGUCUCUGUUAGUGCAUAAAAGAUUGCAAUCUAUUGGAGUAAAACUAUUCAUAAUAAUAAUAUAUAUACUACUACUAAUAAUAUAAAUAAUGCCAAAGUCUUUGAUUCCGAAGGUUAAGAAUGAGUGCAGUGUUUUACAUGAGGACACAAACACGAUUUCGACCUGCUAAUAAAUAAAUAAACCUC